ACGGCAGAAAAAAUGGGAAGAAAGAAAAUACAAAUUUCUCGUAUUCUGAGACCAGAAAAAAAAAAGGUGACCUUCACCAAGCGUAAGUUUGGUCUGAUGAAGAAGGCGUACGAGCUGAGCGUGCUGUGUGACUGUGAGAUCGCCCUCAUCAUCUUCAACAGCACCAACCGUCUGUUCCAGUACGCCAGCACAGACAUGGACAAAGUGUUGCUCAAGUACACAGAGUACAGCGAGCCACACGAGAGUCGCACCAACACGGACAUACUGGAGACUCUGCGUAGGAAAGGCCUCAAUCUCGACGGCUCUGAGCUGGACAGCGAGGAGAGCAUGCAGGUGGCUGCAGACAAAUAUCCUCUCAGCGAGGGCAUGGAUCUCUCUGUGGCUCGCCAACGCUUCUAUGCUCCGUCGCUCCUCUCACCAGAAGCCCAGUUCCUGGUGUCUGCAGGCUGUGAGAACAGCUUCCCCAACUCCUCUGGAUCCAACAUGGCGUCCCACAGACCUCCAGGCUUUAAAUCUCUGAGCUCCAGACCCGGCUCUGCCAGCCCUGCUGCACAACACGCACACACUGCGUUCAUGUCUCCACACUCAGGUAUCGGCUACUCCGUGUUCUCCCACGGCAACCUGAAUCGAGCUCUGGAGAUGAAAAGCCCUCCUCCUCUGAACCUGGGCAGUGAGAACCUGCGGGGAGAGGCUGCUAACCAGGGCAUGGGGGCCACACGUGCUAACCACAACUCUGCUAGGGGUGUCUUGUACCAGGGCCUGCACAGCAGCAGCUCCAUGGUAGCCAUGGGCAAGGCAGGGCUGCUGGGGCACAGUUUGGGAGGCUACGGCCUCCCCUCUCCUGGAGCCCCUGAGUACAGCCCACCUGGUUUUUAUCACUCAGUUAGUCUACAACGAGGGACAAUGAACCCCUGGCAGCCAGCACAUCUGCCUCAGGAGCCCCAUGGGCCUCAUAUAAGCCCAGGGAUGUCCAGUGGAGGGUGCUCCUUCCCCUCUCAGUCUUGCUCCUCAGCCUCACCACAUCUGCCCUCCCUCAACCUCAGCAUCAAAUUGGAGCGUAACUCUCCUGAGCACAUGUCCUCGCCCACCUCCCCUCCUCUACACCACCUCCGGCAGCACUCCCCAAUGAGCAACCCUGAUUUGGCUCGCCGGACUCCUCCAGAAGCCCGUCCAGCCAAUGAGACGAAGGAGUUUCCCAAAGCCAGCUACCCGCAAGACGAAGUGGAAGGAGGGCAGCCGCUCAGGCAGUUAGAGAUAAGUGAUGGGUGGCAGAGAUAGCUGGCUGCUGCAGUCUAACACCAUCUCCCAUUUAAUCAGCUAUCUAUCUUCCAUCAAAACCAGUCCUCUCUUACACACACACACACACACACACACACACACACACACACACACACACACACACACACACACACACACAGAGAAGAUAGUGAGAUGGGGUCGAUUUGUCCCCAUCAUCCCAGAGAGGAAUGCCUCUCUUUGUCUCCUCACACGGAGCUGGUCUCUCCUGGGCGAUGGAGAAUGUUCUCUGCAUCACUCGAUUGAUCCCUUGAGGAGACGGAUGCAUACAGACAUUCGGUUUUUGUUUGGUUAGGUUAAGGUUUCUGUGUGGAGCUAAUGUGAAUCAAAAAUACAAUUUGAAAUGUUUUUAUUUUUUUUUAUUUUCUGUGACUUUGUUGACGUUAGCUACAGCAGCACAUCGGGACCAGCUGCAUUUCUCCAAAGCUGUAAAACCGUCCAAGCACAUAUUCGACUUGCCAAACGGUCUUCAGUGUUUUGACUGAGGUUUUGGUGUGAAAAUUGGAAAAUAGCUGUAAAAUGGUAAAAAAAAAAUGUUACAGUGAAAAGCAGAUGGAAAAUGACUCAUCACCCCAGAAUAAACCACUUAGUCUCUGUGUACAGUAAACCUUUACACCUUAUGUCCCUCCUGUUAUAUAAGCUUUAAUGUUUUAGCCUUUGGCCCAAAAUCACUGACACGGUCUCCCCACAUAAAACCAGUUCAACCGUCACUGGAGCUUUGGCCUUUUUUUGAAAUACACUGAGACAUUUUAAAGAAUGAAGUCUGUCUUAAAAAAAUUCUUACAUGCCCAUGAAGCACACUAAAAUAGUUUUAGUUUACUGAAAUUGCUCCUACUGUCCAUACCGGCAGUGAAAAGAUACUUCCAUAAUGAUGUUCUAAUAUAAGAAAUGGGGGACAAAAUCUACACUCUUUAUUCUGCGGUCUAAAAUUCGGUAGUCUCGCGUUGCCAGGCCCUCCUUCAAAGCACGCUGAAGGAGGGUCUGGCUAAAACGUGCUCUGGUUUAUUGGCAUUUCUUUAAACCAAUCAGAAUCGUCAUGGGCGGCGCUAAACUCCGCACAGAGCCGCCGCAAAAUAGUUGAGAAGCGAGAGAAAACUCAGAUUGGACACAUAGUCUAGCUAGCUGUGUCAAUUUACCAUGCAGAGAUCUGAGAAGCAGUCAAUAAUAGUCCUCAUUAACCCACCGAAUUUAAAUAUUCCAUCACAAAGAAAGCGGAAGGAAACGGAAAAUGCACGCACCCGGCGGAAUUUCCUGCGGCAUGGGAGCAAUCCCGGAGGUGGAACGUCAAGGAUAUGGACUACAAAAUUUGGCUAACAGGAGGCUUCAGUAGUCUGAAUAAGUCAACGCAAGUUACCUUACAAAAUUCCUUCUUUGUGUUUCAUUGCGUUGGUGGAGGGACAGUCAAGUCCAAUUUAUUUGCAGAGCAGAAUGUCAUACAGAAGCAAGUCCAAGUUACUGAGUAACACAGAGAGGGAGUGACGUACUAAAAAUACGGUAACUUUGCGAGAUGUCCACUUGAUUUGUCUCAGAUUGCUGACACCCCACAAAAGCUCCAGAGUCGGUUAAGAAUGCAUAUUUAAUGCAGGAGGAGGACUGUGGAUUGUGUCCCUCGUCUCUUACUGUACAUUACAAUCACAUUAGGGAUCUCCGUUUAAAUGUUCAUAUGGACAUGUGGGUAAGGCUGGGCAAUAUAUCGAUAUUAUAUCGAUAUCGUGAUUUGAGACUAGAUAUCGUCUUAGAUUUCAUCUUAAAUUUUGGAUAUCGUUAUAACGUUAUAUGGUAAGUUUAGUCUUUUCAUGGUUUUAAAGGCCGCAUCACAGUAAAGUGAUGUGAUUUUCGGAACUUACCAGACUGUUCUAGCUGUUCGGUUAUUUGCCUUAACCUCUAACUCAGUCAUUAUAUCCACAUUAUUGAUGAUUAUUUAUCUAAAAUGUAAUUGUAAAAUAUUUGUGUCAUCGCUACAAUAUCGUCACAAUAUCGACAUUGAGGUAUUUGGUCAAUAAUGUCGUGAUAUCUGAUUUUCUCCAUAUCGCCCAGCCCUACAUGUGGGUAUUGUUUUAAGAUUUAAAAUAAAAUAUAAACCUAUCCUUUACAAUUCUGGGCGUCAGUGUCUCUCAGGGACUUGGAUGGUGUUUUCUUUGGGAAGUGUAAAAAUGGCUUAUUUCUGUUUGUUUGUAAGACUGUAGCUGUGGAUACGCUAAGCUUUAGUUGUAUUAUUCCUCAAAAAAUUGCUGGUUUCAUAUUUUUACUUUACCCCAUCAACACAGUUAUGGCAUUCUACUUUAACUAAAGACCAAAGUGUAUAAAUAUUGCCCUAUGCAUUGCAAUCAAAAGCUGCAACAGCCAAAGACAUUAUAUGUUUGUCUAUAUUGGGUCUAAUUUGAUUUAAGUAAUAUAAAAAUGGUUUCCAUAUUAUUAUUUUUUUAAUGAAGGGCUUAAAUUAGUAACUGCAUAUUGCAGAUAUUAUUGAGCUUUACUGCCAUCAUUGUCUUAUGAUAUUUAGAAAUAUAUGAAACACUGUGUAAUGAAUGAGUCUAAAUAUUCAUAAGAUAGACUAUUUAAUAAAAUAAAAAAAUAAAACACAAAUUAAUUUAUUAUUGAGGAAUGUUUGGUUUUCAUUAUAUCUGUAAAUGUACUUUCCGCUGUAUUUUUGUGCACUGGAUUUAUGCGUGUUUUAAUUUGGCAUAUUCAAUUUUUGUUUGUUUGUGUGCAAACGACGAUAUAUACUCGGAAAUUUGGGUUUGGAUGAAUUUCCACUUGUUGUCCACAUGGGGUCAUCCUUAUGUCACAAAAUUUGGAUUUGAAUGAGAGAGUGCAGCGCAGGGAAGCCCAGGCUGAACUUAUUGGUGAUUCACUGUCUGAUGAAUUUUCUUUGACAAUACACAAGUUAGGUUCAGCGGGUCACCCUGAAGACGUGCAACUAAUGCACGCAUGACGAGCCCUGCAGAGAUUCUCGGUGCAGGUCUUCAGGUCAGGUGCUGCUGUGGAAUUAGCUUUUUUUUUUUUUAUGUGGAUUACUGUAAUAUCAGCAUGAAGAACCAAAUGAUCAGUAUUCUGAUGUUUUUGGGGUUGAAUUUUUACAAGUUUGCCGAAUGCUUUACUAACGGAACAAAGACAGAUUUGUUGUGAUUCCUUUUAAAUAAAAAACGGUUUGGUUUGUA